UGCACAUUUGAGCGCAAGGCGCGACUGGCCGACCAGAUGGGUGCCGCAGCACUCUUGGUGGUGAGCCCGACAGACGACGUGAGCGCGCCCGUGGCAGCGCUCAAGGACGAGGACGGAGAGAUCUCCAUCGCCUCUGCCAUGAUCCGACGGACUGCCGGCGACAUGUUGCGCAUCGCGGCCAAGCAGAUGCCCAUCCACGGACGCCUCAUCUCGAUGACCUGCGAGCGCAAGCCUUACACGUGCAAACCGCGAUUCGAGGAUGAGGAAGACUACAUUGAAACUUCCCCGGCUCGGAGUGGGUUGGUGUUGUCCAUGGGGGUGGAACAGGACGAAGAUAACGAUGGCGCUCGUCUGGGCAGCUUCCUGGCUGCAACCUAUGGCAGUGUGCUCCCAACGAGAAUGUCCCUCCCUCUAGCUGCGCCACUUGAUGGUAACCAAGCGUGUAUCGAUGCGACGGAGGAUACCUCGACCCAUUCAGAGUUUUCAGGGAAGGUUGUGCUCCUACCGACGGGCGAGGCGGGGCAGUGCUCCGAGUUUGAAAAGGUUUCCAACGCUCAGCGUCGGGAUGCGAGCGUGGUGUUGCUCCUGCAGCAGGACAACGCGACCGUGAUGACGCACCCUGGCGUUGAGGUGAGCUGGCACGCGUACAACAUCACGAUCCCCGUGCUUGCAGUGACCAGCAACACGGGCGCCAAUCUGGCAACUCUCAAGAGCGAACAAGGCGAAGCCGCGAGCCUGAGUUUUGCAGUAAGCAACGGUAUUGCAGACGCCUGGGAGCUGGUGAUGAAACACUCGCAACGCUCAGCCUGGCCGAAGAGACUGAAGAGAUGCAGUAAGACACUGGCGAAGCUGCUCGCACAGAUUCGUGGACUUGGUGCUGACGACGAGAUGGAGGCGGCGCUUCAGAACGUGUUCAUUAAUGUCGUCGGCGGGAGCCUCCAAGAAUGGGAGAAAAUCGCACACCCCGACGAAGAUACAGAAGACGCUCACAAAGUGCCGGAAGACAGCUCUUCAGAAAAGAUCAUUCAGAGUAUGAAGAAAUCGCAAGCUCGCGACGAGCUAUAGGACAGCAACUGGUUCUUACGCUUGACCACACGCAGAUACGGCUCCAUUCACAUUGUCUUAGCAGCGUUUUGAUAACCAGAACAACGAACUGGAUAAUGG